CUGAGUGGUAACUAACAUAAUGUAAUAAUUAGCUAACCAGUUUGCCAUUCAUAACAUGCACAAAUAUAUAUUCAUUAUUCUCUUUUAACAACGUUUGUAAAGUAGCACACUGUAUUCGUGCCCUCACACGCACAAAACUAGCCCAAUGUUACGGCUGCAAGAUUUGCUGUUUGUUCUGUCUUCAUAUAGUACAUAAGAUAUUUUUCAGGACUGGAUAAUCACAAGACUUGAUCUGUUUUUACACAAAUAAAUGUAUAAAGGCCUUUUAUGUGCAUGGGUUAAGACAUUGUCAACCCUGCUAAGUUGUUAGUAAUCAUAAAUGUAUUAAAUUAAUGGAAAAUUGGAUUUCUAACGGAUCACAACAAUUGACUGAAUUGUACCAAGAUGAUCUACAUGCUGCUUGUAAUAAUGUUUUCUACACUCUGCAUUAAAUGUUCUUAUAAGAGGAAUACAUGAAACAGAAAGAGUCCCAGACACUUUUUAUAUGCUUUGGAUGUUCCUUACAGAUAUUAUAUUGAAGUCACAUGACCAUCAUGAUUAUAAGUGGUUAAAUUUAAUUAAAUAUGUAUUAUGAGUUAGCAUUUGACUUGGACACGUUUUCAAAUCCACUUUCUAUGGUGACAUCAGUUUUUUAAGGGCAUUAUCAGUUAUGUUUGAUUGAUUGUAAGGUGUAUGGGUAUUUCCAGCCUCUGACCAAAGUAACGACCGAUCAGCAAUAAUCUAGUGUGUAUGUCUGUUUUGUACAGUUUUGAAGCUAUUUAUCAAAUAGUUUGACGAAUUGAGGCUUAUUGGUUAAACAAAUAAGACACUGAAAUGUGCAACUUGUGUUUAAUUCUGUAUCUCGAAUGUGUUAGAUAUUAGAUGGUUGGGUUUUAUGUCCAUAAAUGCAACAGAAAUCUAGUCCUCAAGCAAUGAAGUUUGAGGAGUUUAUUUCUAUUAGACCUAAGCGUGAGUUUUUAGCAGGUCUGAUUUCUUCUGUUGGGGUAUUUUUCACAUAAAUGUAAAAAGUUCCACACUGACUUUAUUACUUUUUCUUUCUGCUAUUUGAAAGUGCGUGACGGAGAUGUGCCAUCUUUGUGUUGUGGUGUGUUUUGUGUUUGUGUGUGUUAAGGUGGUUGGGAGUGGUUGGUUAUGAGUAACUGUCAUAUCCUCCAGUGUUUGUACCAAAUAAAAGAUCUAGUAGAGCAUGAAAAAUUUUUACAGGAGCUGACCUUAUCACUGACUCAAUAUCCAUGCUUAAAGUAGUUUCUGUUUAUAUAAUUAACUGAAAUUAGUUCAUUCUUACUGUAUAUUUUUUGCACCAAAAAAAGAAAUGAAGAGGAACAUUUUGAUCAUUUUUUUGGAAACGCUUUCCGUGUCCAAUGACAAGUGUCCUGUUAAACAAAUGAGUUCCUUUUGUCUUUACCAGCAGUAAGUGGAAUUAAGUUUGCUUUGUCAGUAGAAUUUGUACACUUCCUUAUUGCAGGUUAAUUCCAUGCCAAGUUUGCUAGUAUUUUUAUUGGGGUGGGUGGGUGCGUGCGUGCAUGCAUAUGUGUUUGUGUAUGUCUCUGGCCAUUUAGGGGAAAAUCAUUUGCACUCAUGUAAGGCAUGUACAUACUCAUGUAACUCUGUAAGGCAGUUUUCAUUUCUCUCUCUCUCUGGAAUGUGAGGCAACAAAAAUCUGAUGAAAAGAGGCGUAGAGUUUAGCCGGAAGCUGCCGGGGUUUGGUUAACUUUCUCUCUCUCUCUCUCAUUCACACACUCGUACUUUCUCUUUAUGCUGUGCAGAGUUAUCGCUUUACUUUGUGAUGAGGCAAACACAAGGACUAAGUCAUUGUUAGCGAUCUGAAAGCUGAGAGGCUUGUGGUAGGUUUACAUUACUUUCUGCUUUCUUGCAGGAAAGUCAUUGCACUGUUAAUCCGGGACAUUUCACAACAAUUUCGACAUGGAUUUCGGUCAUCUUUUGUUGAAUAGAGAUGCAGUGGUUUCCACCGAUGCAAAGAAGUAUGUGAGAGGCAAUGUUUGGUGAUUUUAGUGCUUGCCAAGGCCAGAGAGAGUUUGAGUUUUGUGAGAUGGUGACUUCUCUAAAAAUUUGUUUCUGUUCAGUCUAAGUAAAUCCCACUGAAACUGUGGAUAAUGCGUGCACUGGGAGCUGCUCCAGUCCAAGUGGAGGGUCAGAGGUUUUCAUGGUUUGCCAUGGUUUUGACUGUGCUGGUGAUUACCUCCUCUUCGCUAUCAGCUCUGUCCCUAUACCACAUGCUGGCUCUGCAGGCCGAGGUGGAAGUGCUGAGGAGUGAGGUGAGCCGCAGGAGAGAAGGAUGCAGGGACACACCGGGGGAAAGCGUUGGAGGACAUCAGCACCAGCAACGUGAGGAUGAUGCCAGAACAACCCUGGUGAGGAGCAGUGUGGUGCCUCCUAAAAUGCAGACAGAAGUUUCUAGAAGACAGCAGGAGCAGUUGAAGUUGAAGAAGAGAAGUCUGGGAAUGCUCCAACCGUUCUUGCAGAUGAUGGCAGACAGCAAGAGGGAUACCUUUCAGAAAGACUUUGCACUGGAGAAACACACUGGCAUUCCCUGGCAGGCGGGUCUAAAGCGAGGCGAGGCCCUGGAGGUGGAUCAGGAUGUCUUAGUGGUCAAAGAGGAGGGCUACUACUUCAUUUACAGUCAGGUUUAUUACAAAGACCCCAUUUAUGCAAUGGGCCACAUCAUGAUCCGCAUGAAAAAGCAUGUAGUUGGGGACGAGAGUCAACAUGUUGUUCUGUUCCGCUGCAUCCAGACCAUGAACCUGAAGGUCCCCUAUAACACCUGCUACACAGGAGGUAUAGUGAAGCUAGACGUUGGAGACACAGUGGAGGUGCUUAUACCUCGACCCACUGCAAGCAUCUCUCUGGAUGGAGACUGCACCUACCUGGGAGCCAUCAAACUGGCCUGAUUUUACAUUUAUGGCAUUUGGCAGACGCCCUUAUCCAGAGCGACUUACAUUUAUCUCAUUUAUACAAUUGAGCACUUGAGGGAUAAGGGCCUUGCUCAAGGGCUCCACAGUGGCAGCUUGGUGGUGCUAGGAUUGACAAACUUCCACAAUCUUCCGAUCUGAUCAGUUGUUAAAUGCCGUAACCACUGAGCUAACACUUCCAACUAUUUUACUGAGAUAAAACUCUAUGACACUAGGUUGUCCUGCUUUUGGAAAUCUCAGUACACAGGGUCUCAAGCACUUUCUUUAACUAGCCUGUAGAGACUGUAUUGUGUAUUAUGUGUUAGGAGGUGGGGAACUAUACAAUACACUAUAUUGCCAAAAGUAUUCGCUCACCCAUCCAAAUAAUCAGAAUCAGGUGUUCCAAUCACUUCCAUGGCCACAGGUGUAUAAAAUCAAGCACCUAGGCAUGCAGACUGUUUUUACAAACAUUUGUGAAAGAAUGGGUCGCUCUCAGGAGCUCAGUGAAUUCCAGCGUGGAACUGUGAUAGGAUGCCACCUGUGCAACAAAUCCAGUCGUGAAAUUUCCUCUCUCCUAAAUAUUCCACAGUCAACUGUCAGCUGUAUUAUAAGAACGUGGAAGUGUUUGGGAACGACAGCAACUCAGCCACGAAGUGGUAGGCCACGUAAACUGACGGAGCGGGGUCAGCGGAUGCUGAGGCGCAUAGUGCGAAGAGGUCGCCAACUUUCUGCAGAGUCAAUCGCUACAGACCUCCAAACUUCAUGUGGCCUUCAGAUUAGCUCAAGAACAGUGCGCAGAGAGCUUCAUGGAAUGGGUUUCCAUGGCCGAGCAGCUGCAUCCAAGCCAUACAUCACCAAGUGCAAUGCAAAGCGUCAGAUGCAGUGGUGUAAAGCACGCCGCCACUGGACUCUAGAGCAGUGGAGACGCGUUCUCUGGAGUGACGAAUCGCGCUUCUCCAUCUGGCAAUCUGAUGGACGAGUCUGGGUUUGGCGGUUGCCAGGAGAACGGUACUUGUCUGACUGCAUUGUGCCAAGUGUAAAGUUUGGUGGAGGGGGGAUUAUGGUGUGGGGUUGUUUUUCAGGAGCUGGGCUUGGCCCCAUAGUUCCAGUGAAAGGAACUCUGAAUGCUUCAGCAUACCAAGACAUUUUGGACAAUUCCAUGCUCCCAACUUUGUGGGAACAGUUUGGAGCUGGCCAUAAAGACAUGGAUGACAGAGUCUGGUGUGGAUGAACUUGACUGGCCUGCACAGAGUCCUGACCUCAACCCGAUAGAACACCUUUGGGAUGAAUUAGAGUGGAGACUGAGAGCCAGGCCUUCUCGUCCAACAUCAGUGUGUGACCUCACAAAUGCGCUUCUGGAAGAAUGGUCAAAAAUUCCCAUAAACACACUCCUAAACCUUGUGGACAGCCUUCCCAGAAGAGUUGAAGCUGUUAUAGCUGCAAAGGGUGGACCGACGUCAUAUCGAACCCUAUGGAUUAGGAAUGGGAUGUCACUUAAGUUCAUAUGCAAGUCAAGGCAGGUGAGCGAAUACUUUUGGCAAUAUAGUGUAUUUUACAUGUGAAGGUUGUUGUCUGAGUGAGUGUGUGAGCGGAUUUCCCGUGGUAAAUUGUCUGUCAGUGGGAAUGAGUGUAUGAACGUAUGUGUACAUGGUGCCUGGUGAUUGACCGGUGUCCCAUACGGUAUAAAUUAUUCUACCUUGCAGCCAAGGUUCCAGGGAUUGGCUCCGGAAAGCACUGCAACCCUGACCAGGAUAAAGCAGAUACUGAAGAUGAAUGACUGAAUGCUCCUAGAUGUGAAUGUGUGUCUGUGAUGGACUAAUGUCUCAUGGGUCUAUUAGACAGUGUCUAUUCCCACAUUACAUGCAGGGCUCCUAUGAUAUGUUCAGAUUUGCCUGUGGACCUUAGAAACUAAAGCUAGCGUCAUAGUGAUGUAAAGCCCAGAGCAACAUUUUCCUGCUUUCCCCAAGCCUUUGAGAUGGACCUUUUAACAAGUUUUGAGCGCUUCUUCUUCAACGUUGUAGCAGCUACAUACAUCAUUUUUUUCCUCUGUCUUUAAUAAACAUAAACAUGACGUACAUCUAGAGACCAGAUUGCUCACUAGCAGUUAAGACAUAAAACCAUGACUGUUGACUAACAACUGUUGUGGUCAAUUUUCAUAUUGCUUUUGCAAGAAUAGAACCUGUGGGUUAUAACCAUGUACGGAAUAAAGUUUGCCAAAGAAAUUAACCAACAGUUAAAUUGGAGGUUUUGAAUGUAUUUGUUUAGCCAUGUGAUUUGUUUGUGGUUACAUGAGCUUUCUUUGCAGUUCAGCAGAGGGCAGCACUGCCACAUAAUUGGACCACAGUCCUAUGGCUUGGCUUUUUUUUUCUUUUAGAACCACUGGUUUUGUUUUUUUCUUUAAAAAUAGGAAGGUUAUGGAAGGUACUUUUUAUAAUGUUGCCACCAAUUUCUGACACAUUAAGGCUUUUACAAUGACUGACACUGUGGGACUCACAUCUCUGUACAGUAUACUGUAUGUGUUUGCGUUUUAAUAUAGGUCAGGAAUUGAUAUACAUUUGUGAUGAUUCUGUAUCUAAUAUAUUCACAUGCUGUCUUCUUUAACCCUUUCAUUUCAAACACGUCUCAGUAUCAGUAUUAGUCUCAGUACUGUAGCAGCCCCAUACUGACGUAUUUCAAGUUUGACCUUCAGGGGGCAUCAGUUUUCAAGCUUCUGUGCAAAGGGAUGAAUCACUUGUGAUAAAAAAUAGAUCUAAACCUUGGAUCACUGAGAUAUUUCAGGUUUUCUUUUGAUUUCUAAGCUAAUAAUAUCUUUCUAAAACCUGUAUGUAAUAUUUAAGCAAAAAAGGUAAAUGACUUUUUUUUUUUUUUCUUUCAAUAGAAAUCAAUAGAGUUCUGCAUUGGUUAUUCAGUGAAUUGUAUUUGUAUAAAGGUGUACAUGUAUGCCAAUCAGUAAGGUUUUUUAACAUAAUUCUGUAUUAAACUCAUUUUAUGAUUUCAAAAAUCAUGCAGAGAAAUGCCUAUGGAUUUCACCCUGCUGCCUGGUUCCAUCUGUGUUAGAGAGAUGUAUCUUGUAAAAUCCUAUACGCUCUCUCUCUCUCUCUCUCUCUCUCUCUCUCUCUCUUUCUGUCACUCACUCCCCCCUCUCUCUUGCUCUCUCUACCUGUCUAUCUCUCUAACUCUCCCUCCCCCUGUCGCACUCUUUCUUGCUCUCACUCUCCCUUUCUCUCACUCUCCUCUCUCUCUCUUUCUCUCUCUCUCUCUCUCUCUCUCUCUCUCUCUCUCU